AGAUUUGGGUUGCAUAGUAGGGAAGUGUAAAGCCCUGGGACAGCCGGGCUGGAAGAAAUGUGCAAGUCACAUCACCGGAGGUUUUUGAGCCAGAGGCGGUUUGCACGCCCUGAAUCCUGCCUCCGAGCAGGGAGCGGGCGAGCUGACUUCGGUGAUUUCCGCAGCGGAGGGAGCUCACGGGGCUCAGGGAGGCCGAGUGGGAGAGACGGCAAAGCAGAGCUGUGCGCUCAGCUACGUGCCCCGAUGACAAGGCUCAUUAGACGGUGGAUCCUCCUCGGGGCAGCCCUGGGCCCAGGCAGCGAGAGAGGCUUGUCUUUUAGGUUCACAAGGGCUGAAUUCUGCUUCCAGUUACGCCGGUGUGAACUCAGAGCAGUUCCUGUACAGCCGCUGUAGUUGCUGAAGGUGUAAAUCUGAGAAGGAGCUGGCGCUAAAGGUUGCGGGUGCCUGACACCACGGCCAACAUGCAGGCGGUGUGGGUGAUGCUCAUCUGCCUGGCUGCAACGCCAGGGGCCAGUGCCAGUACCUGCAAGGGCGUUGCGGCAAUCCCAGGACUCCCCGGUGUGCCGGGACGGCCCGGCUCCAAUGGCAGAGAUGGCGAGAAUGGCCAUAAGGGAGAGAGAGGUCCGCCCGGCCAGACGGAGGAUCAAGCAGAGCUGGGGGAGAAAGGAGACGCAGGACUCCCAGGCUUCCCUGGGAAAGUCGGCCCCAAGGGCCCUGCCGGUUCUAGGGGUGCUCCGGGCCCCAGAGGUGCUCUUGGACGCAAGGGUGAAUCCGGGGACUACAAGACAUCCCUCAAAUCGGCCUUCUCAGCUUCCAGGACCAUUAACAUGCUCCCCCGCCGGGACCAGCCCAUCCGCUUCGACCGCGUCAUCACCAACGAGAACGGCCACUACGAGAACAGGUACGGCCGCUUCACCUGCAAGAUCCCGGGGCUCUACUACUUCACCUACCACGCCACGUCCAGGGGCAACCUCUGCGUCAACAUCAAGAAGGGCAAAGGGAACCGGGGGGAGAAGGUGGUGACCUUCUGCGACUACGUGCACAACACCUACCAGGUCACCACGGGCGGCGUGGUGCUGAAGGUGAAAGCAGACGAGUCCAUCUGGCUGGAGCCCACCGAGAAAAACUCCCUGGUGGGAAUCGAAGGGGCUGACAGCAUCUUUUCGGGGUUCCUGCUCUUCCCUGACAACUAGCAGCCCCGGGAGGGUCAGUCGCGGGCUCCCCACGGCGUAUGCAUCAGCCAAACUAUCUGCUCUGCAGCCUGCUAAGACCCUGCCAGGCACCGCGCAGGCUGGAGACCCGGGCUCUGCUCCGAGCUGCGCGGGUGCUCCGUUUGCCAGGCUCAUCGCACCAGGCUCUGCAUCGUGUUGUGUUGUGCACCCGUCUCACUGCUUGGACUUGCUCCUGGCUCAUCCUCUGCUUCAGCAAGCAGCUUCACAGCAGAGAUUGUGGAAACCACUGCCCCAGGAGAGCUAUUGCAGAGUCUCAGUGCAAUGCCCACGACUCCCGAGGUGGUUCAUCCUCUCAGCCCAUCUCGAGGGGACUGGUGGGCACUGUGCAGUGGACUGCAUCCUUUGUUGGGGUGGGGUGGCCCACUCAACUGUGCUGGCUGCUUUUUCCACUAUAGUGCCUUGCAUGCUAGCAGCCACGGCAGUGUGCUUCCGGUUGGACUCCCCUGAGCUCCUGC